UGGGGGUUUGGAGAUAGUAGUCUCAUCGGGAUGUAUCCCCAGUUCGUCUCAUGGGACUACGCUCUGAAUUCUCCUGAGCUUCUGCUUUGCACUGCCUUCAUCUCUAGUUCUGGUGUAGUGUUCCAACAUAUUGCUCCUGUCUGGAUGAGACUGAAGCUAGUGGUGGUCAUGUUCCUAGUUAAUCUCUUGCAUGGUCUCUACAGGCAUCUCUGGGCAGAACCA